GUUCAUCAGCUGACCGUCUCUGAAACUACACUGCACCAAUUGGUUCCAUGAUGCUGGCGAUUACUGUUCUGAUGUUUCUGUUGGGAGGUAUCGAGUUGGGGGAGACACUGGAGUGCACACAGUGUAUGUAUAUUACCGCUACAGGUGGUGGUGGUGCGGAUGUACAGAGCCUUAUCCAAAACAUGUAUGCAAGUACGAUGGACGCUGAGUGCGCCAAGAACCCCACCUCUGUCACAAAGACAAUUAGCUGCGACGGUUCCUGUGAGUUUGCGGAAGUCAACACAACGACCAAGAUAGAGCAAUACUCCUACUCCAUGAGCAUUGGUGUUGUGAUUCGAAGUUGCAAUCCUUCAAAGAGCGUGAAUGAAGGAUGCAAAACUAUAAGUUCGAACGACGCACAGAAUCUCCAGGCUGUUCUGGGAGGCGGUCUGACCAUGGGGCAGGAGGUCUCUGGGAAGAUGUGUUUUUGCAAUAGCGACAGCUGUACACAGGAUGUUUCGUCUCUUCCUGCACUUCCCAAAGCCCCGACUACCCAGUGUCACGUGUGCAUUUACGAGAAAUACGAAACAUCCGACAGCCAGUUGCAGAAGUCCCUCGAUCAAAUCACCCCAGCAACCAGCGUACCCGAGUGUCUGGACAAAGGAUCGGAGACUCCCACAAUGUCCUGCGAAGGUUCUUGUUUAAAUACCGGAUCAACUGUCACUAUGAGUGUGAGUGGCACGUCCGUGACCAUGAAAAUGGCCGAACGCGGAUGCGUCGGAUUAGAAACGGAGGAAAAAUGCGUGAAACUGACGCAGGAAGAUCCGGCCAUCACUCAGUUAAUCCCUCUCGAUUCACUGAAGGCAAUAGGACUCGGGGACUUCCGGGUCGACAUGGAGUACUGCACCUGUAACGGGAACCAAUGCAACAGCAAGGAAAGCACACCUUUCACUUCGGGCAGUAACGCGCCAGUAUGGAGUGCGUCCUUCCUGAUCUUAUCGGCAAUUGCUACCCUGCUGUUGUAGAAGGGCAUGAACUUACCAUAUUCAUUCCAGAUUUCUAGAGCUUGAGUCUUUUCAGAUUAUCUUAACCAAACAAACUUUAAAUUUGUAUUCACAUAAA